AUGGCGUUCCUCCUCGGACUCAACCAGAAGGAGGAUGAGCCCCUCUCCCUUUACAUAAAUCGCUUCGCUGCAAGAGUCUGGGAGCUCCCGGACGCUCACCCUUCUUUGUCUAUACAGGCGUUCGUGGUAGGUCUACGCCCCUCUAGGCUCUUUUGGUCUCUCGUGGAGCGACCCCCUACCACGGUCCCCGAGAUGCUUCAGCGCGCGAACCAAUUCGUGGAGGCCGAGGCCUGGACGGUGGGGAAGCGCCAGGAACACAAGAGGGAAAGAUCCGAGUCGGCUCGGGGGCAACUUCCCCCCGUGCCCAGGCGGAAGCUUCACCGGCAUGAUGCUUCCCCGCUAAGACCCCACCCGCCUUCUACGGGUACGUCUCGGACUGAGAUCUUCCUCCAAAUUAGGGAAAGAGGACUACUCAAGCCCCCCUUCCCAAUGAAAAGCCCGUGGGAGCUGGCCGACCAGUCCAAGUACUGUCGCUUCCACCGGCAGAACGGACAUGAUACUGAGGAAUGCCGCGAGCUGUCACGGCAAAUCUAUGAGCUCCGUCGCGAAGGGCACCUCGACCCGCACGCUCAAACGGGGGGCCCGACGUCCGGCGGGGACAGCAUAUCUGGAAGGAAGGCAUACGCCCACUCGGCCAGGGAUGAGGAUCCCCAUGGAGCACCUGACCCUCGGGUCGCGUUUCCCCCCGAGGGAGCUGAGCAACCGGAGCACGAUGACGCGCUCGUGAUAAUGGCCAGAAUCGCUAACGCGCAGGUCAGGAGAAUUAUGAUUGACACAGGAAGUUCGGCGGACAUACUAUUUCACGACGCCUUCCAGAAGCUAGGACUGGCGAAGGGGACUUUGAAACCAUCUGCUCGAACCUCACUGGGUUCACCGGUGACUCGAUCUCACCACUGGGAGCCGUCACGCUGCCUUUGA